AUGGGCACCGAAGUGUUGUCAACGGAUGUGUGCUGCCCUCCAUCGCCAUCCUCCUCAUUCUCUUCCACUUCCAGCUCUCCAUCAAAUCUUGUCGACCGUCCAUUCAAGAUCAUCGUCCAAACGCAAACGUUUUUAAUCGAUGCCGAAAAUAUGCGCCAACUCUCGCCAAUUUUCUCGAUCAUGUGCUUCGGAAAGGAUUUUGAUAAGAUGGACGAAUAUCAUCGAGAGAUCGUCGAUGAGAAAAGCGGUGAUGUUGGCAUUUUUCUAGAUGCUAUACAAGACCAUUCGCUUAUUGGAGUGAAAAAUCUGCCAGUGAUUCUCCGUCUCGCCAAUAAAUAUCAAGUGGAUUCAGUGAUUGACGCGUGCGAGGAUUUCGUUCGGAGACAAAAUCUUGAUAUUCUGUCAACGGAUGAAGUGCUGACGAUAGUGAUCGCUUGCCACGAGUUUCACUCGUCAAAAGACGUGGUGGUGAAAUUGAUUCGACGUUUGGCGAAUGAAGAGAAAACGACAUUCAACAGAUUAAAGCUGAGUCGACGACUGCCCGCACAGAUCUACGGGGCAGUGAUUGGGGCGAAUUUGAAUUUGUGCCAAAUUCGCGAGGUCGGGCAAAUGAACGGGCACUGGUUGAGGACUGUUGGUUCUCGCGCUCGCUGGUACCGUGCCCCAUGUGAAUUCUGUAAGCAGAUCACCGAUUGUGCGAAUUGUGAUACUUGCCGAAAAACAAUGUGUCGCGAUCACGUGGCCGAAAAUAAAUGCCCUGACUCGUACGGGACGAAAAUGCUCAAAGAACUCAAGGAGAACAUUGUCGAAUUGGAAUGGGAU